GUGCGCAGGCGCGGGCUGAGAGCGGGCUGAAGCGCUGAAGAAGCGGCGGCGGCGGCGGCUCGGGAAGAGGGGCGGGAGCUGAGGCGGGAGUGGACCGGCUGGUGGGCUAGUGAGAGGUGACGGAAUGGUGGACUACCACGCGGCGAACCAGUCGUACCAGUACGGCCCCAGCAGCGCGGGCAAUGGCGCUGGCGGCGGGGGUAGCAUGGGCGACUACAUGGCCCAGGAGGACGACUGGGACCGGGACCUGCUGUUGGACCCGGCCUGGGAGAAGCAGCAGCGCAAGACUUUCACUGCUUGGUGCAACUCCCACCUGCGGAAGGCGGGCACGCAGAUCGAGAACAUUGAUGAAGACUUCCGAGAUGGGCUCAAGCUCAUGCUCCUCCUGGAGGUCAUUUCAGGGGAGCGGUUACCUAAGCCAGAACGGGGGAAGAUGAGAGUGCACAAAAUCAACAAUGUGAACAAAGCACUGGACUUUAUCGCCAGCAAAGGUGUCAAGCUGGUCUCCAUCGGGGCAGAAGAGAUUGUGGACGGCAAUGCAAAGAUGACCCUGGGAAUGAUCUGGACCAUCAUCCUCAGGUUUGCCAUCCAGGACAUCUCUGUGGAGGAGACCUCUGCCAAGGAGGGGCUCCUUCUCUGGUGCCAGAGAAAGACUGCCCCAUAUAAAAACGUCAACGUGCAGAACUUCCACAUCAGCUGGAAGGACGGUCUUGCCUUCAAUGCCCUAAUCCACCGGCACCGACCAGAGCUGAUUGAGUAUGACAAGCUGAGAAAGGAUGACCCAGUAACCAAUCUGAACAAUGCCUUCGAAGUGGCCGAGAAAUACCUUGACAUCCCCAAGAUGUUGGAUGCAGAGGACAUCGUGAACACGGCCCGGCCCGACGAGAAGGCCAUAAUGACCUAUGUGUCCAGCUUCUACCAUGCCUUUUCAGGAGCGCAGAAGGCUGAGACUGCAGCCAACCGAAUCUGCAAGGUGCUGGCUGUCAACCAGGAGAAUGAACACCUGAUGGAAGAUUAUGAGAGGCUGGCCAGCGACCUCCUGGAGUGGAUCCGGCGCACCAUCCCCUGGUUAGAGGACCGUGUGCCCCAAAAGACCAUCCAGGAGAUGCAGCAGAAGUUGGAGGACUUCCGUGACUACCGGCGUGUCCACAAGCCACCUAAGGUGCAGGAGAAGUGCCAGCUGGAGAUCAACUUCAACACACUGCAGACCAAGCUGCGCCUCAGCAACCGGCCCGCCUUCAUGCCCUCUGAGGGCAAGAUGGUCUCGGACAUCAACAAUGGCUGGCAGCACCUGGAGCAAGCCGAGAAAGGCUACGAGGAGUGGCUGCUGAAUGAGAUCCGCAGGCUGGAGCGGCUGGACCACCUGGCAGAGAAGUUCCGCCAGAAGGCCUCCAUCCACGAGGCCUGGACUGACGGGAAGGAAGCCAUGCUGAAGCACCGGGACUAUGAGACAGCCACCCUCUCAGACAUCAAGGCCCUCAUCCGCAAGCAUGAGGCCUUUGAGAGUGACCUGGCUGCACACCAGGACCGUGUGGAACAGAUCGCAGCCAUUGCCCAGGAGCUCAAUGAGCUGGAUUACUACGACUCCCAUAACGUCAAUACCCGGUGCCAGAAGAUCUGUGACCAGUGGGACGCCCUUGGCUCUCUGACCCAUAGUCGCAGGGAAGCUCUGGAGAAAACAGAGAAGCAGCUGGAGACCAUCGACCAGCUACACCUGGAAUAUGCCAAGCGGGCAGCCCCCUUCAACAACUGGAUGGAGAGUGCCAUGGAGGACCUGCAGGACAUGUUCAUCGUCCAUACCAUUGAGGAGAUUGAGGGCCUGAUCUCAGCCCACGACCAGUUCAAGUCAACCCUGCCAGAUGCUGACAGGGAGCGGGAGGCUAUCCUGGCCAUCCACAAGGAGGCCCAGAGGAUUGCUGAGAGCAACCACAUCAAGCUGUCGGGCAGCAACCCCUACACCACUGUGACCCCCCAGAUCAUCAACUCCAAGUGGGAGAAGGUGCAGCAGCUGGUGCCAAAGCGGGACCAUGCCCUCCUGGAGGAGCAGAGCAAGCAGCAGUCCAACGAGCACCUCCGCCGCCAGUUCUCCAGCCAGGCCAACGUCGUGGGGCCCUGGAUCCAGAACAAGAUGGAGGAGAUUGGGCGCAUCUCUAUUGAGAUGAAUGGGACCCUAGAGGACCAGCUGAGCCACCUAAAGCAAUAUGAGCGGAGCAUCGUGGACUACAAGCCAAACCUGGACCUACUGGAGCAGCAGCACCAGCUCAUCCAGGAGGCGCUCAUCUUUGACAACAAACACACCAACUACACCAUGGAGCACAUCCGUGUGGGCUGGGAGCAGCUGCUCACCACCAUUGCCCGCACCAUUAAUGAGGUCGAGAACCAGAUCCUCACCCGAGACGCCAAGGGCAUCAGCCAGGAGCAGAUGCAGGAGUUCCGGGCAUCCUUCAACCACUUCGACAAGGACCAUGGCGGGGCACUGGGGCCCGAGGAGUUCAAGGCCUGCCUCAUCAGCCUGGGCUAUGACGUGGAGAACGACCGGCAGAAGCAGACAGGCAGCAUGGACUCCGAUGACUUCAGGGCUCUGCUUAUCUCCACAGGAUACAGCCUGGGUGAUGCUGAAUUCAACCGCAUCAUGAGUGUGGUCGACCCCAACCACAGUGGCCUUGUGACCUUCCAAGCCUUUAUUGACUUCAUGUCUCGGGAGACCACUGACACAGACACGGCUGACCAGGUCAUCGCCUCCUUCAAGGUCCUUGCAGGGGACAAGAACUUCAUCACAGCUGAGGAGCUGAGGAGAGAGCUGCCCCCUGACCAGGCUGAGUACUGCAUCGCCCGCAUGGCACCAUACCAAGGCCCUGAUGCUGUGCCCGGAGCCCUUGACUACAAGUCCUUCUCCACAGCCCUGUAUGGCGAGAGUGACCUGUGAGGCCCCCAGAGAGACCAGGACCAAACACCCCUCCUCACUGCCUCUGGGAGGGGCCCAGGGCACCUCACGGCCUGAUUCCUCUGACUCUGUAUCUAUGCAAAGCACUCUCUUAUCAGUCCUCUUGGGGGUGGGCGGGUGGGCAGGGAGGUGCUGGGGCAGGCUCUCUCCUCUCUCUCUGUUGGUUGGCCAGGAGGUUCUUUCCCCCCCACCAGGUAGAGGUCAGGGAGACUUUGGGGGUCAGUGCUCUGGUCUGGUAGAUGAUACAUAUGAUUCUUUGGGGUUUUUUUUUAACCUAUGUGGAGGGGAUAAUGGAUCCCCACAGCAAAACAGGUCCCCUCUGUGCCCUGGGGACACCUCUCCACACUGAGAUCCCUUCCAUUUCCCUUACCACCACCCAGAUCCCUUCAGGGCCUCCCACAUCCAGGCCAAAGCCCCAUGUGCCUUGUCCAGGAACUGCUCCGGCCGUACAAAGGGCCCAGGAGAGGGCGCCACAGCUGCCUGAUGGGACCGGAACCCCACCUACUCCCUCUCUUCUUGCCCCUGCCCUGCCUGAUCUGUGAUGGCCAGGAGGAGGGCCCAGCUCAACAUCCCUUCCUGUAGCAGAGAAAUGGGGUGACAGACCAGGCUCCACCGACCUCAGCCAGCCCCCAGCCCUGGACUUGUGUGUCUCAAAAUUUCUAAGGACCAAAAAAAAAAAAAAAAAGAAAGAAAAAGAAAAAAAAAAGCCAAAACAAUGAAAACAAUAACAAAAAACAUCCACCAAAAAAACCUAUAAAAAAAAAAAAGAAUUGAAAGCUUUCAGAGAAUUACUAUUUACUUUAUUAACUUACGGAUUUAUUAUAUAAAUAUAUAUUCACCUAGCAACAUAUCUCUGCCGUCUCUUGCUCUCAUAAUGAAGACAUAGCUAAUAUGCUGCCCUCCUGGCCCCUCCCUGAUUUUCUUUGUUUGCUGUUAGGCUUGGGUCUCUGGGGACCCUCAAGGUGGAGGUGGGCAGCUGGCCUGGCUGCCUGGUAGUUGAUGGUUUUGUUCACCCCUCUCCCCUUUUUGAGUUUAUUCUGAUUGAUUUUUUUUUUCUUGGUUUCUGGAUAAACCACCCUUUGGGGACAGAAUAAUAAAACAUGUAAUAUUUUUAAGAAGGA